AUAUUGAUGAAAUUGCCGAUAAAAUUAAUGAGUUGAAUCGUGAAGUGAAGAGGGUACGUACUUUUACAAAAACCGAAAAGGGUAAAUUUGUGCAAGAAAGAGGUGUUGAAAUUCAGUUUCAGCUUGAUUUGACCAAAAGUUUCAAAGCAAAGUCACCUGGAAAGUUUUUAUAUCCGCCUAACAUGAGCAAGAACGCAAAUCCAAAAGAAGAAAAAGUACAAGAUUAUUUUAUGGAUGAAUGCAAGGCAUUAGAAAAUUAUGUAAACAUACAAAACAAACUUAUUGUCAGAGAUACACAUUUUUCGCCGUUGCUGGAUACUCGAGAACCAGAUUUUGUAUUCAUUCCAAGCGAUUCUCCUUUGGAUCCAUUAAGUGUUGUAGCCGUUG